GUUUGGUGCUGGGCACACCACUGAAGCCAUGUCCAGCUCCAGUAUCCGUCCUGUUUGGGAGGCACAGAUUUUUGACAGAAAGAUGAAGAAAGACAGGCUUUGUUCUGAGGAGCUGUCCCAGUGGUCACAUUCACUAGAAAAACUUCUAGCAUCCAAAUAUGGGCUGAAAAUCUUCCAGGCCUUCCUAAAGUCUGAGUACAGCGACGAAAACAUUGAGUUCUGGUUGGUGUGUGAAGACUACAAAAAGAUCAAAUCAUCGUACAGGAUGUCAUCCCGAGCAAGACGGAUCUUCAAGCGCUACAUUCAAGUUGAAGCUCCAAAAGAGAUCAACAUUGACCAGAAAACACGGGAGAUAAUACACCAAAAUAUUGCAGAGCCUAUAGCCACCUGUUUUGAUGAAGCGCAGAAAAUAGUAUUUGGUUUAAUGGAAAAGGACUCAUACCCACGCUUCCUGAGAUCAAGCCUUUACAGAGCUCUCUUUGACCCUGCUUAACUGUCAGUGAAGUGAAAUAAGAGUCUAUAAUGUAAAAUACUGCACAAAGGGAAAAUCUAUGGAACUUUUUAGGCAAAAAGUCAUAUGUGUAAAUAUCUAAACUGACUUGGAGAUGUGACCAAUAUGUGAGGCAAUAUUUGCACAAUAUUUGCAUUUUCAUAUUGUGAUUAAGUAGGUAUUUGUUUACAGAGGAAAUGUGAGCAUGAUUUUGUUGUGCUAUUGCUGAGCUA